CUCAGAAUGGGUAUGAAAACCUUGUCACUGUGGCUGCUGCUUGUAGGGAUGUUACUGCCACAGCACCGCUGUCAGCACUGGUCAUAUGGACUGAGCCCAGGAGGGAAGAGGGAACUGGACAGUCUUUCAGACACACUGGCCAAUAUAGUUGAAGGGGCUCCACAUGUGGAGACACCCUGUCGCAUGUUGGGUUGUGCAGAGGAAUCACCUUUUGCCAGAAUUUACAGAAUGAAAGGAUUCCUUGGCAGUGCCACUGACAGGGAAAAUGGACACGGAACAUAUAAAAAAUAA